AUGAACCCGGACGAUGAGAAGCACACCGCUUUUACCACAGACAAGGGUCUUUAUUGCUACCAGGUCAUGCCCUUCAGAUUAAAGAAUGCAGGUGCUACUUAUCAGCGACUUGUCAACUCCAUGUUUGUAGAUGUCAUUGGGACCAUCAUGGAGGUAUACGUGGACGAUAUGUUGGUUAAAAGCUUAACCUCAGAGGACCACGUAACCAACUUAUCAAUUGUUUUCGCAAUCAUAUUACGCAACGGUAUGCGGCUUAACCCACAGAAGUGCAUUUUCGGUGUCGAAGUCGGGAAGUUCCCUAGGUACAUCAUCAGCCACAGAGGAAUUGAGGCGAACCCGGAAAAGGUGCAGGCCAUAUUAGACAUGGUUUUGCAGAAGCCAGAGACAUCGGGGAGAUUAAUUAAAUGGGCCAUCGAAUUGGGGGAGUUCGACAUCAAGUACCAACCCCGGACAACUAUUAAGGGCCAAGCAUCGGCAUAUUUUAUAUCUGAGUUGAUCCCCUAUAAGGAUCCAUCCCCGGGAUCACCUGAACCGCCAGCCCCGGACCCACCCCAACCAAGCACUUGGCGUUUGUAUGUUGAUGGCGCAUCUAACAAAAAGACAAGUGGCACCGGUAUCCUGCUAAUUAGCCCGGACGACCAAGUCUACAAGUACGCCCUCAAGUUCGCCUUCAAGGCAUCGAACAAUGCCGCAGAAUACGAGGCACUCAUAGCAGGUCUACAGAUCGCCCGGGAACUAGGCGUCCAGCACCUUAGUAUCUUUAGCGAUUCUCAGUUAGUUGUGAACCAGGUCAGCGGUAACUUCGAGGCGAAGGAGCCCCACAUGUCUUCUUACCAGGCCCUAGCUCGGGCACUGGUUCAGAGAUUUACCUCUUACAUUUUCACCCAAAUACCGAGAGCAGAGAAUGACAAGGCAGACGUCCUUGCUAAGAUCGCGGCAACUUCUCCAAGUCCUACCUACGAGGCUACCAAAGUCGAAAUACUAGAAAAGCCAAGGACUUCUAAAACGGUAUCAGAAAUCUUCACGGUGGACCACAUCGCCUCCUGGAUGGACCCAAUCCUGAAAUACAUGGUCGACGGUCUAGCCCUGGACGAUAAGGUCGAAGCCAGGCGACUCCAACUAAGGUUUGGAGUCCCGGACACCAUAGUCACGGACAAUGGCACCCAGUUUGACAAUGAUGAACUAAGGGCUUACACCGAGAACCUAGGCACUAGAAUCCUCUAUGCAUCCCCGGCUCACCCCCAGACCAACGGUCAAGUCGAGGCUAUCAACAAGAUAAUCAAGAAGAUACUGAAGAAGAAGCUUGAUAAAACCAAGGGUCUUUGGGCUUCUAAGCUCCCGGAGGUUCUGUGGGCUAUCAGGACCACCGCGACUGAGGCUACCGGAGAGACCCCUUUCUGCAUGGCUUUUGGAUAUGAGGCGUUCAUCACUAAAGGUGACCAUAAAUUGGUCUCCUAA